AUGGCGCCAAGCGAGGCCACGAUACUCGAGAACUACCUGCUUCUGCCCGCGCGCCUGCCUGCCGUGGUCUCUCUGCAACAGUUCAAAUCUUAUUUUCCCAAGUCGCAACAGUCCUCUCCGCAAAUCCGCACCCUCUAUCGCGAUCUACAGCAGCAGCGCAACGCCGUGGUGGAUACGGUCGCAGCCAACAUCGACACCGAGGUCCAGCGGGGCAAGGCAUUGCGCCGCGCCGUAAUCAAGGCAAGACGCGAGGCAGCUCAGGAAGAUGACAUUGAUGACGAGAUUGAGAUUGAGAGAAAUCUCUUCGGACCUACGUCCAACACGAUCCGGCCCAAGAAGCAUACUCUUCAAAGCAUCCUACCAGAGAUGGAUAGUGCCGCCAGCGAUUUAGAACAAGAGAUCCGAAAACUUGAAGAGGAGGAAGCAGCACUGCUGGAAUCUGUCCAGAAGGCAGUUGGCGACAUGAGCGAUCUACGAUACGGCCGGCUCGCGAAUACAAAGCUCAAAAACGAAGUCAUCAAUGGCUUGGAAGAUUUUCAAGAGAUUUGCAAGCAGAAGAGUUAG